GGAGUCGAUUACCGAUGGGGUACAAGGGGUCGCCCACUCUCUUUGGAAGUCAACUGGCAAAAGAACUGGAAAUCUGGACCAGAGAAGGGCAAGUACCAAGAGACCAAUAUUUAUUACUCCAGUAUGUAGAUGACAUUUUGAUUGCAACAGAGGAAGAAAUGACCUGCAUAAAGGUAACCAUUGAGAUCUUAAAUUCACUAGGAAUGGGAGGGUAUAAGGUAUCCAGAGAAAAAGCACAAAUUGCCCAACAGACUGUGAUUUACCUGGGAUGUGAAAUCUCACAAGGGCAGAGAAAACUGGGUACUAAUCGUAUUCAAGCUAUCUGUGCUAUUCCAGAGCCUCAGAAUCUACACGAGCUGCGGAUCUUCCUCGGAAUGACAGGGUGGUGUCGCCUGUGGAUCAUGGACUAUAGACUGAUUGCAAAACCCUUGUACGAAGCUCAGAAGACGCAGCCGUUCACCUGGGGCAAACCACAGAAAGAGGCCUUCCAGAAGUUAAAGGAAGCACUGACAACUGCUCCUGCUUUGGGAUUACCUGAUCUAUCUAAAGACUUUCAGCUGUACGUGCAUGAAAGGCAGCGACUGGCACUGGGAGUCCUGACCCAACGACUGGGAAGCUGGAAAAGGCCGGUGGGUUACUUUUCCAAACAACUCGACAACGUAAGUGCCGGAUGGCCUUCAUGUCUGCGGGCAGUGGCAGCUACCGUGCUGCUGAUACAGGAAGCCAGGAAGCUCACAAUGGGAAGACACAUAGAUGUCUAUGUGCCACACAUGGUAACUACAGUCCUGGAACAAAAGGGGGGCCAUUGGCUCUCUCCAAGCCGGAUGAUGAAGUUUCAGGUAACCCUGACUGAGCAAGAUGAUGUUGCACUAAAAACAACUAACCUCUUGAAUCCAGCUCUAUUUCUAGGUGCCACAGCUGAGGAAGGUCCAUUAGAGCAUGACUGUCUAGAAGUCAUCGAGCACACUUAUUCAGCAAGAACAGAUCUGAAGGAUGUCCCCCUGGAGCAACCAGAGUGGGAACUCUUUACAGAUGGAAGCAGCUUCAUGGAGAACGGAGCCAGAUACGCGGGAUAUGCGGUAACUACAAUUGAUGUAGUAAUAGAGGCAAAAUCACUACCACCUAACACGUCUGCACAAAGGGCAGAACUAAUCGCAUUAACCAGAGCACUCGAGCUGAGUGAAGGGAAGACAGUGAAUAUUUGGACUGAUUCCAAAUAUGCCUUUGGAGUAGUGCAUGUACACGGAGCUUUAUGGAAAGAAAGAGGACUGCUGUCCUCCCAAGGGACAAAUAUUAAACAUCAAGAUGCAGUCCUACAAUUGAUAGAUGCAGUACAAAAACCUGAACAAGUAGCAAUCAUGCACUGCAAGGCACAUCAAUCAGGCAACUCCAAAAUUUGUGAAGGAAAUCGAAAAGCAGAUUGGGCAGCCCGUCAGGUAGCGCGAGAGGUACAGAAAACAAUGGCAUUGAUACCAUCAAGACUUAAUAUCUCUCAAUUUAAUUUGCCUCCGAAGCCAAACUAUACAAUCGAAGAUGACAGACUAGCACAACUGCUGAAGGCACAGAAGAACGCAGAAGGGUGGUAUGUAACCGCACAAGGGCAAAUAGUGGUACCUCCUUUGGUAAUGAGAGAAAUUUUACAAGUAAAACAUAAUGAGUGUCACUGGGGUGCAGAGGCGUUGGUAAAGUGGUUAAGACAAUACCUAAUCUCAGUACAGAUGCAAACAAUGGCCAAGUCAGUAAUGUCUAAAUGUGAAAUCUGUCUGAAAAACAAUCCCGUAGCUAGACGACAGGCACAGUUAGGCAGAAUUCGGAUAGGAAUAGAACCAGGAGACUAUUGGCAAGUAGAUUUUGCAGAACUGCCAAAAACUCGGGGAUACAAAUACCUGUUAGUAGGGGUUGACACGUUUUCUAGAUGGCCAGAAGCCCUUCCCUGUAGCACAAACCAAGCAAAGGAAACAGUUAAGUAGUUAUUACAGGAGAUCAUUCCCAGGUUUGGGGUGCCCCUAGGGAUAUCAUCAGACAGAGGCCCACACUUCAUAGCCACGGUGGUACAAGAGGUAAGCAAGUUAUUGGGAUUAUCUUGGGACCUCCACACACCAUGGAGACCCCAGUCAAGUGGGCAAGUAGAAAGAAUGAACCAGACACUGAAGAGGCAGAUCAGUAAAAUAUGCCAGGAAGCCAAACUGCAGUGGCCACAGGCUUUGCCGAUAGCAUUGCUGAGGGUUCGGAUAAAGCCUAGGAGUGAGAUGUCAGUUAGUCCUUAUGAAAUAUUGUAUGGGAAACCAUAUGAAUCUCCUAACCCCAAUCCAAAUGUUCAUGUCACAGGGAAACAAGAUGUGUAUAAUUAUGUUCUGUCCCUCGGGAAAACUCUAGCUCGGCUCCGAAGUGUUCUCGUGUGGAACAGACCACUGGCCCUGGAGAAUCCAGUCCACAAUAUCGAACCAGGAGAUGAGCAGUCAAAGUGGCUGGAGUGGAACCCUGGAUACACUACACACGUGUGAAGAAGGUCCCUCGUGGAGUCCAGUCGUGGGCUGUAGAAACUUUUGGACCAACAAAGCUGAGGCUGAAACGUCUGUAACUGUUCAAAUGGUAUUGUAAUUUGGUUAGUUUACAGAAUCCUGAAGAGAGAGAUACAGAAAAAGGCAUCUUAGAACAGGACCAUAAUGAAGGCAUUGGCACGGAACCCAGCACCUUCAAUCCGCAACAACAUCCCGGACAAAGCCUAUGACAACAAAGAAUUUGAAGAUGAACAUCCAGUAUGAACUCUGAAGCCUAAUGGACUGUAUUAAGUGAAAGCAUUUACACUUAGUAUAUUAGAGUGAAAAUACUUUCAAAGGGGGGAAUGUUGGUGGAGGGUUAAAAAAUAUAAUUUCUAGAUUGAGUAAUGUGUAGGGGGAGGAAAGUAGAGAACGUACAACUGGAACUUGACGCAGCUAGCUAGGAACAAGCGUCAGUUUCGGUAAACAGCUCCAUGCUAUUGUUUUAACCAAAUCAAGUGUAGAUCAGGGUAGAAGCGUAAGUAUGAUUUAAGAUAGUAACUAAGAAAUAGGAUAAUCAGUAUCUAGGGGUAGGGGUUAGUUAACAUGUGUAUAAUUUAAACUAUAAAAAUCACGAAUCGACUCUGUAUGCUUUGGACAUCAGAUUUGGGUGUAUUAUCACCCCGGUGUCCCGCGCGCUGGAAUAAAGAACCGCAUAUGAUCGCCUCUGUGUAGUUAUAUGUUUUCCUACGC